UUAACUAAAGGUAAACAAACGCGUGGAAAUGACAUUGAAAUAUUUAACUCUGGUUUCAUCUGAUUCACAUCGCUUUUUGUAUAGUAACAGUUAGAUUGUCCACCUUUUAAACACAUUAUUAAACCCGGAUCAGGAAGUAAAGGAUGGCUCUCCCCUGUGUGCGUCUCUGCUCUCGUCACGUCACCAGAGGCCUUCAGGUCUGUGGUUAUUCGACUCUCAGUAAGUCCUCCAGCCCGCGGGAGAGAAGCGACUCCGGUCCAGUGUUUCAGUACGUCGGAAAGAACAAGAAGCCCAGCCACAAGGUGUUUGUUUGGGGCUUCUCGUUCACCGGCGCCCUGGGGAUCCCCAGCCUGGUGGUGCCGGACAGCGGCAGGAAGACACCUCGCAAAUACCAGCUGACUCCGUACCGUCUGGAGACAGCAGAGCAGAUCUCGUCGGCUGCUUGUGGUUACGGCUUCACGCUCAUCGCCUCGCGGACCAAAGAUGUGAUCAAGCUGUGGGGCAUGGGCCUGAAUAAGGACUCUCAGCUCGGCUUCCAUCGCACGCAGGACAGCCGCCAUAAGAGUUAUGACUUGGUGUUGGAGCCGUCUCCGGUGGCUCUUCCUCUCCAGAAGCCUCUUCAGACUCGAGUGCUUCAGGUCUCGAGCGGUCGAGCUCACUCUCUGAUCCUCACCGACCAGGAAGGAGUGUUCAGUAUGGGCAACAACGCGUACGGCCAGUGUGGGAGGCCGAUAGUCGAAGAUGAAGUUUACAGUGGCAGUCACACCAUCCACAGAAUGACAGGUUUCAGCAGCAGAGUCACACAGGUGGCGUGUGGCCAGGAUCACAGUCUGUUCCUCACUGAGGCGGGGACAGUGUUUGCAUGCGGAUGGGGAGCAGACGGACAGACUGGUCUGGGCCACCACCAGGUGAGUUGCAGCCCGGUGGAGGUGGGGGGGGAUCUGGUGGGGGUGGAGGUGCAGCAGAUCAGCUCGUAUGGAGACUGCAGUCUGGCUGUGUCUAAAGAUGGAGAUCUGUACGGCUGGGGAAACUCAGAGUACCUGCAGCUGGCCUCCGUUACCGAGGCAACACAGAUGAACUCUCCUCGACGUCUUCCUCUGAAAGGCUGUGGGAAGCUGGUGCAGGCGGCAUGUGGAGGAACACAGGUGGCUGUUCUUAACGAUAAAGGAGAGGUGUUCGUUUGGGGCUACGGCAUUCUUGGAAAAGGUCCCAAACUUUCUGAAUCCUCGACCCCGGAGAUGAUUCCCAUGAUUCUGUUCGGACGCUCCGAGUUUAACCCCUCAGUCGCCAUCACCAAGAUCCGCUGUGGACUCAACCAUUUCGCUGCAGUGACGGAUCGAGGAGAGCUCUUCGUCUGGGGGAAGAAUGUGAGAGGAUGUUUGGGCAUCGGGAAGAGAGACGACCAGUUCUUCCCGUGGAGAGUGACUGUACCUGGUCAGGUGGUGGACGUAGUGUGUGGUGUUGAUCACAUGGUGGCGCUGGUGAAGUCCCUCCUGUGAGCUCCUGGAUGAAAGGUUUGGAUGUUUGACCCCCCGCGGGGCCCCUCAGGGAGCCGAUCGGGGGCCACGCUGGAGUCUUGAAGCCAGCUGCUCUCCACAGGCGACGAACCCUCGUGUCCCCGUGACGUCAAGCCGAGUUCACGGCGGUCGAUUCUGCACCAAACUGUCACCGACACGACUCUCUUUACCCUGCAUGAAGGUCAUCUGGGAAACGCUUCAAAGGAGAGAUUUGUUUUAUUUCUGGAGCUGAAACGAUGAAUCGAUUCAGCCAAGCAAAACAGAGAAAGAAUGUGAACAAUUCUGCCAUAACAGCAUGUGAGGAUUCACUGCUUUUUCUCUGUGUUGUGUGAUUGUGAACUGAACAUCUUAAGGUUGAUUCGACAAAGCAAGACCUUUGAAGGAGACUGGGAUUGGAAUUUUUCUGUAUUUUCUGACAUUUUAUUGAUUUAAACGAUGAAAUUAAAAGAUUAUUUGAUGCUAAAGUUUGUAGCUGCAGAUCUGAUAACAAUUAAGGUUUUAUUUUGUAGAAGGCCAAGUUGAAAUUAACAGGAUUAGCUUUCUUUAAUAAUAAUAAUAAUACGUUUAUUUAGUAUCGCACCUUUCACAGUAAUAUAAUUCACAAAGUGCUUCACAAGAACGAACAAAAGUUAAAAUUAAGACCACAGAAACAUGAAUACAAUUACAACAUGAGGCAGACAUGUAAGGUCAACAUAAAAACAAAACACAGACCUUUAAGAAAACAGUUUAAAUGUGAUAAAUUCUGUAAAAUGUAAGAAACUGAGAAAAAUGUACUAAACCACUGCGAAACAAAAAGCCUUAUGCGCCUCAAAUGAUAUGUUGUAGCACUCUGCAGACCAGCGACAUAUUUGUUAAACAUUGUUCCAUUUGUAAAAGCUAGCUACGGCAAAAAUAAUGCACACAAAAAGUAUUUCCUUACUGCCAGCUGCAAAUAGAGCUGAAGGCCCUCCUCCGCCUGGGAGAAGCUCAUCUUGGAAAAUCAAUUUUACAACAUGAUCGGUCUGUGUGUCAUCAAUAGUGUGUGCAUAUAACUUGACUUAUGUUGUGCCGUCUGGAUGUUUCAGAAAAUGAACCCACUAUUCUCACAGUGAUAGUUUGCCAUUAAAAACACAACAUGCAAUGCAGAAAAUAUGCUAUAUCAAAAUAAAUAUGUUGUUUUUUUACCAGCA